AUGCGAUUCUUACAAGUGGCUCUGCUUGCUGAUGGGACAACUGAUUCUAGAUGUGUUUUUGAAGACGAGCAGCUUCCAGUUUUUAGCAAGGAUAUCAAACAAAAGCCGAGACAAAAGGAGCAUAGAGAAAUACCUUCAAUAUGGAGACACUCGUACCAGCUGGCAACUGAACCAAACAGGCGUUUUGUGAUGACACCGCUUGUGUUUGUGCACUUCCUUCUCCUGGGGUUAAGGGUCAUCGACACCACCGCAGACACAUGGAGAAGCUGCACAGAUCUGGUCCCUCUGGAUCUCCUGUCUUUUGUCCUGGAGAAGGACCCCUCCAAACUGGUACCCGGGGUGCACAUGAAGCAGGCCGGAGAAGUGAGGGGUUUGCAUUUCUCCAGCCCUCAUACCUCCAUGAGCUUUCCCUCCUCCCAGCUGCUGCUGAACUGCGACCUUUUCCCUAAAGAGUUCUCCAUUGUUGUGACACUGAAAGUCACGAGCAUCGCGCCCAAGAGAAAUGAAUACAUCUUUUCCUUGAUGGGGCCAAAACAAGUAGAAAAAAGAGGAGUGGAGGAGGAGGAGGAGGAGGAGGAGGAGGAGGAGGAAGAGGAGAACGAUAAGGGGGAUAUUGUGGAAAGGAAUAACGAGAGGAAGGAGAAGAAGGAGAGGCGAGUCAAGAGCAGCGGGCAACGUGGACGGGUCAUCCUGGGACUGAGGUUCUCGAGGAAACGUCUGCACUUCCUUUUUAGAGGUCACGGAGGGGUCGUGGAGCACUGGGUGUUUCAAGCCGCCCGACUGGCUGACAACCAGUGGCACACGCUGGUUUUAGUCGUCGGUAGUCGUCAUGUCGGGCUCACAGUGGACUGCAGCCCACCCCUGGAAAUUGUUCCCUCCAGGCCGUUCCCCUCAGACCUCAACAUUCAGGGAUCGAAAUUCCACAUUGGCAGUCGGGGGAGAUGGAAAGGCUUGUAUUCAGGUCUGUUGCGACAGCUGGUUUUGGUGCCAGGUUCGGAUGCCACCCAUUAUAUCUGCCCCUCUUCCGACCCCCAGCUAGCAGUCCUGUCAGUACCACCACUUCUCUCAGACCUGCCUGUCACGGGGAGGGAGGAUCAUGACCAUGUGACUUCCUAUGAAACAGAGGAGCGAGUGUCAGUGAGGUUGGAGCAGUCGUGCUCGGAGCCGCUACAAGGCCAGAUGUGGUUCAAUCCGCUCAAGAAAGGCCUCUACCUCUGCGACGGUGCAGUGUGGAUCACCGUGUUAGAGGAUCAUAAACGACUGGACUACGUGUUGGAACACCAGGUCCUCACCACCAGCUCAGAGACGCAUGAUGUAGAGGUGUUCCAGGUACCUGGUUUGGGUCUGAUGGCUGCUAUGGCUCAUAGGUCAGCCGCUGGCUCUGCUGUGUAUCUGUGGAGCCAUGCAGGUUUCCAGCUCUACCAGAAUAUCAGCACACAUGGAGCUCUGGCUUGGAGACACUUCAGCAUGGGCAAGAAGAUGUUUCUGGUGGUGUCUAACUCUGGAGGAGGGCCAGACAAGCGUAAAGAAUCAGAGACUGACACUUCUGUGAUUUACAAGUGGAGCAAAAGAAGAAAACGGUUUGUGCGGUUCCAGACUCUGCAGACUCACUGUGCACGGGACUGGGAGGCCUUUAACAUCAACCACCAAACCUAUCUCGCCGUGGCCAACCACAGGCAAGGUGAUACUAAUCACACUAUAGACAGUGUGAUAUACAGAUGGAACAGGUUUGCAAAGUCUUUUGAAGUCUACCAGACGCUGCAGACCUCAGGGGCCUAUGACUGGGAGUUCUUCACAGUCGGACCGUACCAUUUCCUGGUGGUCGCAAAUGCCUUUGAUGGAGUUACCACUUCUGUGGACUCAGUCAUCUAUGUUUGGGUCAAUGGAAGCUUCCAGGUGUUUCAGACAAUUAAGACGUUCUGCGCCACAGACUGGGAAAUGUUUCAGAUUGGCAGUAGGGUCUUCUUAGUCGUUGCCAAUGGACACCGACUCCAUGGUAAUGGACCAAGUCAAUAUACCAUCAACUCCACCAUCUAUGAGCUGGACAUGACUGGACAGCUGUUUGUCCGCUUCCAGGAUAUUGUCACCUACAGUGCGGUGGACUGGGAGUUCUUCAGCCUCGGGGAGGAAUAUUUUCUGGUCGUCGCCAACUCCUUUAACGGAGAAUCCUACUCUCUCAACAGCAUUCUCUACAGGUGGCAGGGAUAUGAAGGAUUUGUUCCUGUUCACUGGCUCCCAACGAUUGGGUGCAGUGACUGGGAGUUUUUUAGCUCUAAAGGAGAAUCGUAUCUGAUCUAUUCUAGUGCCAAAGCACCUCUCUCAAAAGUGUUUAAGCUGAAAACCUACUAGACAUGUAGCUUUGGGUGGUAUGUGUGUUUACAUGUUGUCAUUCUUUGUAAGUGUCUGUGUGUUCCUGUGUGAGAAAAUGUUUGCAAUAAUAUUUGAAAAUGAGUGUGUUUAAGUAAAUGUGCCAGGUUGAGUACAGCCAGGACCGUAGCAAUCAUUAAGGUCAUGAUUCUGAUAUUUCUUAGAGUAAAUAUCUUUAAAUAUCACAGUUUUAGGCAAGAACUAUUACAUUAAAUUGGCAUAUGUUAAAAGGAUUUAGUAUUCCUCCACAAUAACUAUAUCCUACAUAGACUAUGUUAUGGUUUUAAAACUGUUUAGAGUAGACCAUCAUAUAGUGAAAAUACAGAAAAUAUAAUAUUACAGUUAAAUAAAUGAAUAAAAUGAGAAAAUAUGUAAGUAAUUAAAAAAUGUCAGAGUUUUUUUGUGAGAAAUGUCCUAGAGGUUUUGAUUGGGGGAAUUUGGUAUAAUGGCCAGCCCAGCAUCCAGUAACCCAUCAACAUCCGUCAGUGAUAGGUUAACAACUGAUGUACCUCAUAUGAAUAUCACAAAUAGAUUUUUGUGAGAAUAUAUCUGUCUAUUUGUGUGAGUAACAGCUCAAGACAGUGAGAUUUCUGUUUUUCUGUAAAAACUUUUAAUAUUAAUGAUAUUUAAAUAAAUGUUUUAUUGGAACAGGAAUGUGUGUUCUCAUAAAAAUGGACUGGUUAUUACUUUUUGCAUGAAUUGUAUAUAGAAUUAUACUAUAAUUAUAUUGUAAUUACAAUAAACCAGACUUAAUAUGUUUAUAUGCAAGACAAGAGUUGCACUGUCUAACCGUCAGCUAUGCUCAUUAAGAGCUUAUAGGGUGGCAAACAUACCCUGCAGGAACAAAAGUACACAAGUUUUUUAUU